AUGGCAAUGCCUGACCAUGCCAUGGACGUAAUUGAUCCUUCAUUGCUCAUUGUAAGAGAUGAUGCAGAUGGAGAUGGUGAUGAUGAAAUAUACAACAAUGACAUACAAGCAAGGCCAGUUGUUAUCAGGAUGGCAGCCCUGUCCCUUGCAACAAGAUUGGAGGAGUGUUUGGUUUCAGUAAUGCAGAUAGGACUCUCAUGCUCUGCAAUAUUACCAUCUGAACGGAUACAAAUGGAUGUUGUUGUGAAUAAAAUGAAGGCAGCUAGAGACUCAUAUCUCAAAUUCUCAAUUGAGAAGAAGAAGGAGAAGAAGAAGGAGAAGAAGAAGCUAACAAUAUUCAAGAUAGGACUAAGUUUGUUAUCUGAUCUCAAAUCUGAAGCCUCAUCUAUUUGGAAGAAAAUAUUUGAAUAA